AUGGCGCAGGUAUUGGAAAUCGCCAUGAAGCUCCCGGAGAAGCUGCGCGGCCUCCGUUCGGAGCGACUCUCGUCCCUCCGCCCGCUCGGCGAGUUCUUUGACCACCAGCGCAUCUCGCGCCCCAAGGACACGAACGAGGCUUUCCAACGUGUGACGUACAACACGCGCCACUUUUCGGGCAACUACGCCGUCAUCGUCCUCCUGCUCACCAUCUACGGCAUGAUCAUGGACACGCUGUUGCUGGUGGCGCUCGUGUUCCUCGUCGGCGGUUUCUGGGCCAUCAACCGCUUCGCACCGGAACCGAUGCAGGUCGGAGAACACAUGAUCACCCAGAAGAGCCUCUACACGGGAUUGUUCGUCAUUGGGAUCCCGCUGUUGUGGUUCGCCAGUCCGUUCGGAUUCAUGUUCUGGUUGGUGGGGAGCAGCGCGUUUUUGAUCCUGAUGCACGCUGCGUUCAUCGAGCCGCCUGUCAGCAGCGAGUAUACGGGGGUCGAAACUGUCUAG